UUACUGUGUUCCUUUUCACGUAAUUUAUCCAGUUGUAAGUUUGUCCCCCUCGAAUCGAAACAUGGCUGCCGUCAAACUGUCAAAAGAUAUAGCUAAAGUGUUUGUGAACUCCUUUGACACGGUGUUAUUUGACUGCGACGGUGUGCUGUGGGCCGGAAGUAAAGUUUUAUAUCGUGCAGUUGAAACAGUAAACUAUUUGAAAGGCAAUGGCAAACAAAUCUUCUAUGUAACAAAUAACAGCACCAAAACGAGAGCUCAAUAUCUUGAAAAACUGACAAAGUUGGGGUUUAAUGCAGAUGAAAAAGAAAUUGCAACUUCAGGAUACCUAGUUGCUUCGUACCUUGAAUUCAUCAACUUUCAACAAACUGUAUACCUAAUUGGAAGUAAAGGCUUUGCCGAGGAGCUAAGAAACCAUGGAAUCAAACACACUCAAAUUGGUCCAGAUACCAUGGCAACAGACAUGCCAUCGUACGUGAACGGGCAAAUUGAGCUGGAGAGUGAAAUUGGUGCUGUUGUAAUAGGCUUUGAUGAGCACCUGAGCUAUCCCAAAAUUCUUAAAGCAGCUAAUUAUUUAGCUGAUCCAAAUUGUCUUUUCUUGGCUUCAAAUGCUGAUGAGACAUUCCCCAUGGAAAUUCCUUUAGUAGUUCCUGGAACUGGUGUGAUGGUCAAAGCUGUUGAAACAGCAUCACAAAGAACACCCAAAAUAUUUGGCAAACCCUCAACUGCCAUGUUUGAGGCAAUUGCAAAGCAGUGCAAAAUUGACCCCCAGAGGACUUUAAUGAUUGGAGAUAGAUGCAAUACAGAUAUAAGUUUUGGGAAAAACUGUAAAUUAACAACUCUUCUAGUUUUAUCGGGUGUUACGAGUUUGAAACAUCUUGAACAGUACAAACAUAAUGAACAACACAUUCUGAUGCCAGACUUUUAUACAGAUGUUUUAGGAGACAUAUUAGAUUUACUGGAACAAUAACAUAGGUAUUCAAUUUGUGACUUCAUCGGUAGCUUCUGAAAGAGCUUCCUUGAUCUUGUGUAUGACACUGUUUAAUCUGUGGUAGUCCAUUUCUACCGAGAUGGAAUCAAUUUCAGUAUGUAGAGUCAAUUCGAUGAUUGGAGAGUUAAGUGCACUGACUUUGUUGCUCUCCAGUGCCAACUGUAUGUUACAAAUAAAAUUUGUUUAGCAAUGUU